AUGUUCAAAUUGGUGGUGUUGUCUGCUCUCCUCGCUGCGGCGGUGGCUACCCCAGGAGCUUUUAUUACUCCAUUCGCCCCGCUAACUUACACCUCUACGGUGGUAUCCCCAGCUACCACAACUAUCACAAACCAGGCCAGCAGUGUCAUCCACCCAUCACCUCUUGUGUACUCUUCACCCUUGGCGUACUCCGCAUACCCAGCUUACACGCACUUGAUCAAGAAGCGGUCUGCACCUUUGGCUGUUAGCACCUACAUCGCGCCGUCACCCUACUUAUCUCCAUGGACGACAUACUCUGCACCCAUCACGACUAUUGCUGCAUCGCCAAUCGCCACUGCCUACACUUCGCCGUUCUACAGGACUGCCCCAGUACUUGCCACGACGCAUUUCAUUAAGAAGCGGUCUGCGUCUCUCCUUGUGCCAUCUACCUACAUUGCACCAACAUACGCCCGUUUUCCCCUGGUAUCCACCUACGCCGCAGCCUCACCUAUUAUCUCGACCCCUCUGAUUUCCCAUGCCCCCAUUGCAUACACUCACUUUAUUAAAAAGCGUUCAGUUGCCAUUCCCUUUAUCGCCCCUACAGCUUACUCACACACUUCCAGAGUAGACUUCCGGUCAACUCCAGCAGUAUCUACUUACACAACCUACUCCGCCCCUCUCACCUACUCCAGCCCAGUUCUUACCCACUUAUACUAA